AUGAGCAGCUCUGAGGUCGCAACAUCCGACUAUCUGACCCAAGUCAUAGUGUUUACCCCUACCGAUAAACUUGUUACCACUUCUAUUGCAUGCUUAGAUUGUUCCAUGAUUAUCAAUGACAAGACUUUCUCUGUGAAUUUGAUUUGUUUACCUCUUUCUCAUCUUAAUGUGGUGUUGGGAAUGGAUUGGUUAUCAUCCAACCAUGAUCUUCUAAACUAUAAAAACAAGAUCUUGACCUUUGGCGCUUGUGCCCAAGAUAUCCUUGGAUCUUCAAGUUUAGAGAUUUCUCGUGUGAGUGAAGCCAAGAAGGUAGAAAAUGUUAAAGCCUUUAUGGUUUUAUUUUCAUCCACUACUGAAGAAUCCCUUGAUGUUAGGAGAUUACCCAUAGUCUAUGAAUUUCCUGAGGUUUUCCCUGAGGAUGUCACUGAGUUACCACCUGAAAGGGAACUUGAGUUCGCCAUAGACCUAGUGCUUGGGUGUAGUCCUGUGUUGGUAGUACCUUACUGA